AUGGCUAGCACACUGUGGCUGUGCGCGGUGCUCUGCGCUUCCCUGUGCAUCGGCAGCGGAUUCGAGGGGUGUGACGUUGUCGUGGACUCCUCGAUCUGCAUCAAGGACGGAGCGACAGUCCUGUUGCCCAGCGCAAGAAGGGACGGCCGAGUGCUGCACUACCGUUUCGACGAGGAGGUUGCUGUGGAUUCCAGUGGUUUCGGCAACCACGGCAUAGGCCCCGUGGCAGGGCAUUCGGGGUUCAGCGGUUUCGGUAGCUCAGCCUACUUCCGGAAGAAUUUUGUGUACCUUCCAGAUACCAAGCUGUUGCGGUCAAAUGAGUUCAGCGUGGUGCUAUUUGCGUUCUUACUAAAGGACGAGGAGUCAGCUGCAAGCGCCGAUAAACUUAACGACUUCUGCCCGCUCGUCCACAAGGGCAUUCGCACGGCCGCAGUGAGUGAAUGCGCGCCGGAAAUAGCCGUUAACCCGAAGGACGGCCGCGUGCGUAUCCUGCUGUCAGUCGAGUCCAACCAAACCCUGGAGAUCGAGUCUAACUGCAGGCUUCAACCACACCAGUGGUACCAUAUCGCCGUGGUGAAAGACAAAUCAUCGUUGACAUUGUAUAUAAACGGCAUCGUGGACUGUGUCCAUUCAACGAAAGGUACGCUAGGAGGCUUAUCAGCCAACGACGUCGCAGCAUACGUGCGAUACAACCCGCUACCGCUUUACGUUGGAGCAUCGCCGUACCUGGGCAAGUGUGACAUGCCCGUGCUCAUAGACGAGCUGUCAUUCUAUACCAAGGCUCUGGGACGUGACGAGGUACAGGCCGAAGCUUCCGCCGUUCUUGGCGGCGUCGAGCCGUCGUACAUCGCCAUCGGCUGCAUCAACUGCGGGUAG